AUGGAAGCCCAGUUUACAGCCAACAUUGCCCUUCCAAAGCAGUUCAGCUUGGAAACAACAUGGAGAAAAAGAAUGCCUGUAGCCUUACUUUAUAAGCAAGACCAUGUCUCCCCCACUGGAGAUCAAUCUCUGGUUCUUGUGACCUACGUCAUCUUCCAUGGUUCCUCCCAAACUUGGAAGGAUGGUCAAGGACAAAUAGGUAGCUACGAAAGUUAUAGGAUGGAAUGCUACUUAGUUGUUAAAGAUGAUGAAGCCGUCUCCUUUGGCUCAUCUUGGGAGGAUCUCCUAGGAUCUACGCUAAAGCACUCUGCCCCUGCAGUGAAGCUGGAGCCUUGCUUUGAGAAGGGACUACGGGAGCUCUCUGCCAUCCACUGGGCAAGUGAUCUCCUGACAAGUGGUGUGUUGAGAAGCUGCUCAAACACAUGGCUCCAGGUGUGUCGUUUCCUGAGUGCUAAAUUUCAUCUCUCUCGGCUGACUUGUGAAAGCCUGAAGGCUACUAGCCCUGCCCUCACUCUGCCUCCUGCUUCACUUCCUAGAGCUCCAGCACGUGUUUCUGGGGAUUCCCAGGCAUCUGAAGAGAGCUGCUGCUACUUCAGGAGACAGUGGGGCAGAGAGAACACCAAGGCCUACCUUCGCUUGCUGGCUCUGCCUGUGACUCCUGCCUGGAUUUCUCCUCCCAACACAAAUCAUAAGCCUACUGUCUCAAAGGUGUAUUAUCUUUUAAAGUGACAGGAAUUAAAUUCACUGUAAUAAACAUUUG